UCGUUUUUCCAUUCAUAUUUCUAAAAAUUGUUGUCGUUGUGGCCAGCAAGAGGAUGAGUUCCAUCUAUUUUUUCUGUGUAACUUUUCCCGUGCGGCUUGGUUUUCCUCUCCUUGGUUCCUUCGAUCGGAUGCUUUAAUUCAGGGCCAUUCCACUAUGCAUUCUGUUCUUUUUGACUUGCUUCGUAUGGGACAUCCUCAUGGUUCUAUUUCUAGUGUUUUAAAUUUUUUGUGGUGUCUCUGGAAGGUUAGAAAUGAUUUUCUCUUUGAUAGAAAAAAGGCUCUUCCCCACCAAGUUCAUAUUGCAGCUCUUGCUUUAGCUUCUGAUUGUUAUGAUAAUCUUCCAUGUUUACCUUCGAAGCAGGAUCAAGCUCAUAAUCAAUUGCCUCCUAAUCAGCUCCCUAUGCAAGGUAGAACGCUUAAGACAGAUCUGUUAAUUGUUGGCCCUAAGAUCUAUUCUGAUGCUGCUUAUAGGACCAAGAAAGUUCCAGGUUUGUUGCAAGGAGAGGUUGCUACAGGUGUGGGAGUGUACAUCUCUAUGCCCUUCAACCAAAAGGAAAUUAAUGUGCAAGUUCAAGCUUCGGCUUCUCCUACUUCUACUCCUCUGCAAGCUGAAGCAUUGGCUCUUUCUUUUGCUGCUCAUCUUGCUUCUCAACUCAAUAUUGCGCAGCCCACUUUUCUUUUGGAUUGUCUUGCUUUAGCUUUGGCUGUUGCCUCAGGAUGCGCCUUUGCCAGAUUAAGGAUGGUCUUCUUCAACCUGCUGGUUUCUCACAGGAAAAGGAAUCCUCUUCCAUGUUGUGCAUUUUGCAGAGUUUGCCAAGCUGAGGCCAGUUGACGUCUUAAGCUCUGCAGGAUUAAAUUUAGAGGCUUGUAUUACACCUGCCUUUGGGUGCUUCAGUACACUUUCAAGUCAUCUUUGUUUGGCACACUUGUUGUUUUAGGCUGUCUGUUGUCUGUCUUUCUGUUCUUCUGAUCAUGGUGUUCAUCAGUUGGGGUUUCCCUCUCUGUCUUCCAGGAUAG